AUGACCGAAACUACUGCCAUCCCGCCUGAUAUAAUCGAGCGCCAAUCGCUCUGCCUGUCCAAAUCCAUGCCAGGCAUGGUCGUACAGCACGGUGUCGAGGGCUUCAGGGAAGAGCUGUCGCGAGUCUUCAACCCAAUCGAGAGCAACGCUGCUGAACAGCUCGUCCAACUGAAAUCUCGCCUCCGCAAGGCCGACACCGACAGUUUCUGGUCCCAACUAACCCAAGGCCUGGCAACGCUCGUCGAUGCACAGUAUGCCUUCGUUUCGAAAAGGAUCUUGGUUGACGACAAAGACGUUGCCGUCGAACUACCGCCCAUUGGCGAGCCUGGAGCUUGUCUCAUGGGCGAGGCCUUCUACAUCAACGAUGACCAUGGCAAUGGUCCUGGCCACCUGAGAAACUUCAAAUAUCACGCCUACCAAUGUCCCUGUGCCUACAUGAAGCAUGACAAGAUUCUUGUCAUCCCAGAAAAACUCAACGACUUCAUCCUAGACAAUCCAAACGACCUGAUCAUCCCCGGAGAGGCCUAUCUUGGAAUCCCCUUGUUUGCUGAAGGAAAAUGUUUUGCUCACUUUGGCGUCAUGUGGGGUGCAGAGGGGGCUGCUCGUCGUGUGCUGAGCUGGACCUUCAUAGAGAUGAUGUUCCACAGCCUCGAAGACUUGAUCCUAGCUCGUGUACUGGAGGGAGCCGACUUUGCCAAAUCCGCACAGCCCAUUCUCACGCCACAGCCCAAGAUUGUACCCCAUGAAGCAGUCUCUGUAGCCCAGUCGCUGAAGCCUUAUGCCAGAAGUCUUUCGCACGAGCUGCGGACGCCCAUGCAGGGGGUUGUCGGUAUGCUCGACGUCAUGAUGGCGAAUCUGAAGGAAGCGUCCGAAACACUGCAGGUCGACCCACGAACACGCGAAGUCCUGGAAACCCUCAAGGAAAAUAUCGAAGCCGUUCAAGAUAGUUCCAGACGUGCAGUGGAAGCUGCUGACAAUGUCGUCCAUGCUUAUGACAUGAAUAUGGGUCUACCAGAAACGCCUAAUUCCCCUCUGGACCAGACAGGUGACCAGUGGAACACGUUCUGGCGCGAGAUGCGGCCAGACCUCAUGAUUACGGGAAACGACAUGCGUGCUCCCUAUCGUGGAUUGAAAAGACGAAGAGAUGAGCCGUCAUGGGGCGAUCAUAGAGUCAAGACACGUGUGGUGCGACCUGUUCGACAGCGAGUCCGUGACUCUUUCUCUGAGGAGCCUCCUGUGCGGAUGGCAGUGUCCUGUCCUCCAGACACCAGCAUGGCGGAUAUGCUUGACAGCACCUGCUCACAUAACACGUCGUUUGGCAAGUGUGAUUCGACAACGUCACCCAUGUUUGCUUCUGAGCAUUCCAAGGUCCCCGGUCUCCGGCAUACCAACUUGAGGGAAGUUCUGCAGUAUGUCAUCAAUGAUGCAUUAAAAGUGGGGGGUCGACCAGAUUCUGCCGUGGCCGAGGCCACAGAGACUGGAGAGCGGAUCGAGGUACGAUCACGGAGCUCGAAUGGCGAAGUUCAUACGAAAUGGAUUGAAUGGACCGUGUCCUCCGAUGUACCCGAGACGAUAUUGAUUGACGAAAAGGAUCUGGCCAAGAUGGUCUCCUGCCUGACACUCAACGCUAUCAAGUUUACCCAAGAUGGAUUGAUCACGCUGCAGGCAGCUCUCAGUGCCAAAGGUCGCUACAUUAUUAUCAACAUCAAGGAUACUGGCUCUGGGAUCCCUGCUGCCUUCCUGCCCAAUCUGUUCAAGCCUUUUGCGCGAGAAGACAACUCCUUCACGCGGCAGAGCGAGGGUCUGGGCUUGGGUCUGAUGGUUGCAAAAGGUAUCGCCCGCAAGCUUGGAGGCGAUCUCUUCUGCCUGCGUUCCCACGUGUCUGGGCCGCGUCGAGGCUCAGAGUUUGAGAUGCGUGUUCCUCUCGCCCCGGGAGAGAUUUGCAGUCGGCCAGCAACACCGUUUGGAUCGCCGACGCCAUCGAUCAAGUCGCGCAUGUCGAUUGAACGCGAGGUGCCACGGCUAGAUCUCAACCGCGCACCAGCCACGCCUCCGCUGACUGCGGAUUCGUUCAAGGGCGACUCGGGACUCACGAUGACAGUUCAGACGACUAGUCCACCGGAGGAGAUUCAACUUCCGACACCACGACGCACCUUGUCCCCUCCUCGACAUCGGGCUCCUCGGGCUUUGUCGUCUGAACGGGGCGUGGGUGCUCCCAAUCUCGCCGCUCAAGUACCUCUUACCAUUCUGGUGGUGGAUGACAACGGGAUCAACCGUAGUGUGCUUGUCAGCAUGCUCAAGCGGUUGGGCUACAAGAACAUCACGACGGCUUAUAAUGGAAACGAUGCUGUCGAGGCAGUACGCAACAAUGCCCUUGCGCUGGAUGCUCCGCAGUUUGACAUGAUUCUGAUGGACCUCUGGAUGCCACUGUUGGACGGAUUCCAAGCCACCGAGGUCAUCUUGGGCAUGGACGAACUCAUCCGGAAACCGACGAUACUGGCGGUCAGCGCAGACAUUACGGACGCGGCGCUCACCAAGGCGGUGCAAAGCGGGAUGAAGGGCUUCCUGACCAAGCCCUUUGUCGCAAGAGACAUUGCGAGGUUGAUUCGGACGUAUGGCACAAGCAACACUUGA